CUGACCGAGUGUUAGGUGACUUGCUUUCUUUGCACGUAUUCUACAGUAAUAUUACGAGUUUUAAUGAAAUAUAAAUCCAAAUAUUCUAACCAUAGACAAGUUUAUAAUGUACUAAAUCAAUAAACCCUAUUAAGAAUUUAAAAUAUCAUAAGAAAUUUAGAAACAACCAAACAAAACAUGUACUUCUCAAGAAAUAGGUAUCGUGUGAUAUCAAUAAGAUUCUUUUUAUACGCAGUGAUUCUGUUUUCGUCAUACCUAUGCGUAUCUUUUUACUUGAUGAGCGAAAGUAUGAAUUUCACCAGUAAGAUCCGAGUCCAAAACAUCACAGCGAUAAAAUUGCCCAACGUUGUGGUACAUUUGGACUUGAAGGGGUUCCCCCCGAAGCUGAGUUACUUGAAGGCUCUGUUGCCAACACUUCAAGAACUUGGCGUGACAGGUUUACUCAUCGAAUAUGAAGAUAUGUUCCCAUAUGAAGGUAGAUUGGUGAAUUUGAGUACGAAAUAUGCUUACAAUAAAACUGAGUUAAAGGAUUUCCUACAAACAGUUAUACACUUCGGCUUCGAUGUGAUUCCAUUGGUACAAACAUUUGGACACAUGGAACAUGUCCUGAAGAACAAGGAGUUUGCUCAUCUGAGGGAGCUACCUACACAGUCCAAUGUUAUCUGCCCUAGUAAGUCGGAAAGUCGCCUCCUGAUCAGACAUAUGUUGGAGCAGAUCAUAAAAUUCCAUCAAAGUAUAUUACCAUUAAAAUAUUUCCACAUUGGAGCGGAUGAAGUUUACCAUAUAAAUAAAUGCAAGCAAUGUUUACAACGUCAUGAAACAAACGCAACAAUAUAUCUCAAGCAUGUAAAAGAAACGACUGACUUCGUGAAGGAGAUAAGUCCUCAAACAACAGUUUUGCUGUGGGACGACAUGCUGCGAAAGAUUUCCAUAAAAGACUGGGGUCACGCUAAGAAUUUGAGAGCAGAACCGGUUUACUGGAGAUACAACAUGAAAGAAAAAAUAUCGCACGCAGCUUUAUAUCAAUAUCACAAGAACUUUGAUGACAUUUGGAUUGCAUCUGCUUUCAAAGGAGCUGAUGGGAUGACUGCAACUUUACCGAUUGUCCAGGACCGAUUGUCAAAUCAUUUAGAUUGGAUGUUGCUUAUACAGAAUUACAAAUUUGGUGGGGAGGUAGACACUCAUAGCUUCAAAGGUAUAAUCUUGACGGGCUGGUCGCGAUAUUUUCACGGAGCACCGCCUUGUGAACUUCUUCCCGUGGCUAUACCGAGUUUAUACCUCAAUUUGUUGUUAAUCAAAAAGUUUAGAGAAGGUCACGACAUGACCAACAGUCAUGACACCAUUGACUUCUUUCACAAAAAUCUUAAAGACGAUUUGACUGAAUGGCUACGUUGUGGUGAAACAGUUGAUCUUGAUGAUAUAGAAACAAAAGCAUGCUCAUUCAACGGUGAUGAUUUGUACAAAGUUAUAUUCAACUCCGAUAUGAUAAUUUCUCACAUUACGUAUAACAUGGAGUUAAUAUUAAAAUAUUAUACAGAUGAUGAAUACAGACAACACAAUAUUCAAAUGUAUAACAAAUAUUUGACUGACAUGUGGUUUUUGGAAAGUAAAAUGAAAAAAGUGUUGGCCAGAUAUUACUACGACAAUUUGCGCAUGAUCCAUUCGGGUCGUCCACGUCAACGCAAGAUGAUCACCGAGCGGUCCACUCGUCGCUCGCUCGGCGAGGCGCUGAACUACUGA